AUGGCCGACUCUCAUUACAGGCGUUUCACAGUGGCAUCCAACCUUUCUCAUCUCGAUACCCUUCCUGCCAUGCAUCCGACCAGAGCUACUCUACCAGGAAAUUCACAGAGCUAUUAUGCUGAUCCCACAACCCGCAUUUGCGCAACAUUCAAUGAAGCGUAUACGCUGCUUGAAGCGAAGCAUGGUGGGUAUUUUGGUCCUUACAAAGUUAUUCUAUCUGGUGGUCCUUGCUGGUUGGGUGGGAAGAAAAUUGAUCCAGACAAAAGGACACGAGCGCAUCGCUACAAGUGUAGUGUUGAUAGUUGUCUGUGGAAAGCACAGAUACGUGCCAUGAAAUAUGGAGGAGAAGACAGUGUAUAUCUAAUCUAUAUCUCCCAUGCCAGUAUGCACAAUCAUCACGUGAUGAAAGCACCACCACAUCACACCGAUCAAUUCGGUCUACCACCUAUUGCAAAGCAACUUGCCGAAUCUUAUCUUCGAGAGCAAUGGGAAAGAUCACGACGUAGUGCUUUGGAGGUAGCACCAAACGAGAUUACAAAGUUUGUUGUUGACAAGACAUUCAAAGAACACCCCAUCUACGUUCAUCUUGUUGAUUCUCCAACCAAAAGGUACCAUUUGGCAAACCAAGUGACCAACUUUCUUCGUCAAGUGAAACGCAAUUACGUAAAACAGACAAUCGGUGUUGACCGGAUUCUCGACAACGAUGCUCUUUCACGUGUCCUCAGUAUGUUCCGCUUGUCAAUCCCUCGAGGCUACAUUCCACGAAGCGAUUACGCAUCUGCUGAUCAAAUUUGUGAAGCUUUACGUGUUGCUGGCCCAGAAUCCGGACACAUGUUUCUCUUCAAUAUGUCGGAAGGGGAGGUGUAUGAACGUUAUAGACGUCGCAUUGUUGGGAACAACGAACGUUCUCUUUCUAUCUUCCACCAGCGAGUAGAACAAAGCUUCUUUGCAGUUUCGGUCACGACUUUGUGGCAACUCAUGAUAUUCUCUUGCCGACGGAAUGGAACCAAGCAAAUUUGUGCUGAUGGGACAGGAGGAGUCAGUCAAGAUCUAGCCCCCACCAUUAUCUGUGGUGGAUUGUCCCAGAAAUACCGUGACGACCAACGUCAAGUCACCUCCUCUCUUCGUUCGUUCUCUUUCAUGAAAGGGUCAGAAGCUAUCCACCCCUAUCUCCUGCAUUUGUAUUAUCUUCGCUACAUUUGCUUCAGUCUGUUUGGUACUGCUUUUACAAUUGAUUAUGGUACUUCAGAUCAUUCAUCAGCCUUUGUAACUGCCCACAGACACUUUCGUUUGUGGCCGGAGGUGUGUGAUCGACAAUGGGUUCGUAACACUACAAGAGUUUCCGACCACGAACAACAAACCAUCUCCUCCUCGCAGAAUUUGGCAAUUCAACACAGUCCCCCCAUAAUGCACGAAACUUCAAGACUACCCCUCUCUCCUGUGGGUCAAUCAAUGAAAAAACCUUCCAAUUAUCCUACCAAUCACAACCGUCAUGUGGAGGAUGGAAGCUGUCCAGAGCGCGAACUGUCUUUAGCUCAUGAGAACAUGACUGGCAGCCAGAAAGGUCGCAAACUUUCAAAAUUGUGCAUCACGGAUCACUAUCCUUCCUUCAAUACAACCAAUCGAAACAAGAACACUACUUUGUCCGAGGUAAUGACAAAUCCAUCGUUGCUGUACCAACCAUCCAACGGGGUCACACUAUGCUACUUUCACGUAGUACAGCAUUUUCGACAGAAUAACAGUUUCGUGGGCCUAUUCAAAGACCGGAACUUCGCGUCACAGGACGAUCCAUCCCAAAAGAGAACAACAAAGAAGAAAAAGUCACUUGACGGUUCUCUGUUGAAUUUGCAAAGCUGCACAGUCUAUCCCAGGGCAUAUCACAUGAUCCAAUGGAUUCACCAGUGCAGAACAGAACAACAAAAGACGGCAGUGACAUACCUGGUUCUGUGUGAUUGGAUCUGUCGCUCCGAAUUGAAAGCAGCUGAUCUUUUCUAUCGAUCCUAUUGCUCAUUUCCUUUCAAUUGCUGGAGCUAUGCCACCUCCAACGAACAAAUGAUCUAUCCAAGCAACUGUGCAAUGGAAAGUAACAUGCAUCACGGAAUCAAGAAAGGAGCACACUUUGCUGUUAGAUCCAACAUCUCAACAGAAGGAUACAUUAUCGAGACUCUACCGAAGCUGUUCUUGAACUGUGAAACGAAGUGUAGAGACCCGUGCACACUUGAGUAUCCGAAAGACGUGUCUCGUCUGAUGGUAGCAGUGACUGCCUUUUUCGACCACGCAGUGGACUUAGUCGAAUGUCGUUUGAACAACGAGGAGACCUAUUGGUUGGCUAACACGGGGAGAAUGAUUGGUGUGCCAUUGACGAAAACGCGUAGAAAGAAUCGAGACAUGGCUUUGGAUGCCAAACGUCGAACGGCACCUCUUAUGUUGAGUUCCGACAAAGACUUUCUUGGGUCAUUGACUUAUGCAAUGCUCCGUGACACGGCUAGCUAUCUUGGAGUUCUGCGUGACUGCACAAAGAAUGGAAUUAUCACAAGGGAUAGCUUGAUAGAGGUAUUGGUGGACGAUUUGUUGGUCGAUCCCGUUGCCUAUCGCACGAUCAAAAACAAAGGUACACAGUUGGUACAAGCUGAUGACCUGGAUGAUAUUUCUGCGGCAUCAUUUGAUGUGACAACUGCAAUGGAUCAAGACAACGAUGAUGACGGUUUUCUAAGCAAAUUCGAGCUAGACGAAUAUACGUUGUAG